UAUCAUAAUCAACCCCGCCCUCCGUGGCGAGCGUGUUCGUACAUCUACCCUGGAUCAUCAACUGAAAAGGAAGAAAACCACUGGCUGCCAGAAAAGUUUUCCAGCGGGGAGAGGAUCGGGCUCGAUCGGACAGAGGACAGCCGCAAAAUCGCGCUCUCAGGAUUGUACAUUAUCGUCAUAUAUUAUUAUUUUUGCAUUAUGGACGCGCUUAAAUCAGCCGGGCGCGCGAUCAUUCGCAGUCCCAGUCUAGCAAAACAGUCCUGGAGCUCUGGGAAACACAAAAAGCUUCCAGAGAACUGGACAGACACACGUGAGACACUGCUGGAGGGGAUGGUUUUUCAGCUGAAGUAUCUGGGCAUGACGCUGGUGGAGGAACCUAAAGGAGAAGAGCUCUCAGCCGCAGCUGUUAAGAGAAUCGUUGCUACAGCAAAAGCAGGUGGCAAGAAGCUUCAGAAGGUGACGCUUAAGGUUUCUCCUCGAGGGAUCAUCCUGUAUGACGCUGUUUCAAACCAGCUGAUAGAGAAUGUGUCUAUAUACAGGAUAUCAUACUGUACGGCUGAUAAAAUGCAUGAUAAAGUUUUCGCCUACAUUGUUCAGAGUCAACGCAAUGAGACGCUGGAGUGUCAUGCGUACCUCUGCACCAAGAGGAAAGUGGCUCAGGCGGUGACGUUAACAGUGGCUCAGGCAUUUUGCGUGGCGUUUGAGUUUUGGCAGGCAGCUAAAGAAGAGAAAGAAAAGCAGGUGAAGUGUGGAUCAGAUGGAGGGGCGGCGAGCAGCUCGCAGUCAGACAGGUCAGCCAGUCUGGGCAGCAUGAAAGGAGGAGAGGUGGCCACUGGGAAUCUUUUGAACCUUGAGGCUGGAACAAAAAAUGAUCACUUAGGACAAGACAACACACACCCUGCACAGAUUCUCAGCACAGAGAACAACAACACUGUAUGGGAACUUGAAGAUUGUCUAGACGAAGCUUUCUCAAGACUCGCUCAGUCUCGCACUAACCCCCAGGUGCUGGACAUUGGGGUAAACCCUCAGGACUACAAUGCCGAAGAGUGCUUGUCGCCUAACAACUGGGACAAAGCCGAAGCUGAGGCUGCGGACGGCGAGGACGCGUUCGGAUUCUGAGAGGCGGUUAUGAGGGGGAGGGGCGAGAGUGGAACGAGCUGAUGAAACGUCACAAAGGGAAUCGCCGUUUGUCUCAUUGGCGGAAUCUGGUGGCUGUUGCUGGAACUGCAUCCAGCAUUAAAUUAAGAGGUUUAGCAAACCGGACGUGAUGACUUAUACAAGAGCACAGACAAAAGCAAUACAGUAAAGAUGUUGUUUCAACUAAUGUUGAAAUUGUACUUCUUAAAUGUUACUUGUUUUUAAAACUUUAAUUUUUUCUCCUGUUUUACAUGUAUGUCUAUAAAUACAAAAUGUAUUUAUGUAUGUAUAUGACAGUAACCGUAUAAUAUUAUUACAUUUAUUAUUUUUAUUUUGAGUGCAUUUGAGUGCUGGCUUUGCAAUUCUGUGCAGUGGAAUGUCAUAAUAUAAUCCUUGAGAUUAGCACAUCUUCGGUUAAUUUACACUAAAGAUUUAAGGAGUGGGUUUGUGUUUUCGUUAGGUGAGGUUUGCUGAGAUGGGAAAGUUUUUGUAUAAGUCAGUUGUCUGCCCUUAAAAGCAUGAAAAAAAGAGGGAAUAAAAAGACAGAUUGGAUGAGUUAGUGAAAAUUGGAUGAGUGAACCUGACAUACCAUGAUAGAAAAAAACAAAUGAAAGGCUGAAUAUUUAUUGAUUAUUUUUUUACUAUUAAAACAUAUUUUUGCACUCAUUUCAGGAGCGCAAUUAUACAAACAUUAUUUUUUAGUACAGUGGUAGUACAAUGGUUUAGUGAUGGUAUAAGAUACUUCAUGGUACUGUGAUACUAUAAGAUACUUGAGUAAAACAGUAAUAUAUCCUUAAUGGUAGUAUCCAUAAAACAUUGUAUAACUAUACUUUUUCCACUGUAUAUUUUUAUGGAAAUAACAGUACUUUUGUAAAGGGUUUCUCAUAUUGCAUAAAUUCCAAAAAUAUAACUUUAUGAUAAGUACAACAAUGUGUAACUUUCUAAACUAAAACACUUGUGCAUUCACUGAUAUUGAACACUGCAGUUUUACUUUUGACUGUGAUUUAAUUGCUGGCCAAAGUAAUGCAAGCAGUUCUUUUGUGGUUUACAGUGAAGCUUGUCUGCUCCUGUAUUUAGUUUUUUUUUUAUUAGGGUCUUUAUUAGACAUCAGAUGUCAAAGGACCGUAACGUUUGUCUCUGUUUGUCUUACUCAUUUCGUGUUCAUUGUCUUAUUUUAAAUUAAAGCUCUGUAAUAAAAGUGCUGUGUUGA